AUGACGAGUGGAGUAGAUUUCGGUUUGGAACUGGAGACACGCAGAACAACACUCUUAUCGGCCGACGGGAGAGUAGCCCGUCGCGUUAUCGGCGAACGCAGCGACCGCAAUCCGCUGCCGAGUGCCCCCGUGAUAAAAACACUCCGUGUGGCGUCUCGCUCGCACGCGACCGCGGCUCGCGUGUGCGAGCGGGACGCGCGACCGCCGGCCCGGCCGCGGCUCGAUUCCGAACCUUGCCCAGUUGAGAACACGAUCGAACCCGCGAUCCCAUGUUCGGUCCAUCAACCACUGAGCCAGCGGCGGGUCCAUUUCGGCCGAGCGGCCGGAGUAGCGUAUUCCCGAAACCGCGGGGUCGUCGACCGCGCGCGCGCUCAACGCGUCCGCAGGGCGCCGAGUGACAUUCUCGCGCGUACGAGCUCGACGCGCGGUGAGGGACGGCACGAUGCCCCUCCGCUACGUCUGUCCCUCUCCAGCGCCGAAAAGCGGCCGGGGAGCGAGGAGUCACUCGGAGGG